AUGGACCAUGGGAAUCUCACACGGGUGACGGAAUUCAUGCUGCUGGGGCUACCCCAGGCCCACAAGCUCCAGCUCUUCCUCUUCUUCCUCUUUCUGCUCUUCUACAUAGUCAUCCUCCCAGGCAAUGUCCUCAUCAUCCUCACCAUCCGGAGUGACCCCCACCUGGGCUCCCCCAUGUACUUCCUGCUGGCCAACCUGGCCUUCCUGGACAUUUGCUACUGCUCUGUUACCCCCCCAAAGAUGCUGGUUGACUUCUUCUCCCGCCACAAGGCCAUAUCCUACAGGGGCUGCAUGGCCCAGAUCUUCUUCAUCCACUUCCUGGGGGCAGCUGAGAUCUUCCUGCUGAUGAUUAUGGCCUAUGAUCGUUAUGUGGCCAUCUGUAAACCUCUGCACUAUGCCAGCAUUGUGAGCAGGGGGGUCUGCUGUGCCCUGGUGGGGGCUGCCUGGGUGGGGGGCUUCAUGCACUCCAUAGUCCAGGUGGCUCUGACCAUCAGGUUGCCCUUCUGCGGCCCCAAUGAGCUGGAUAACUUCUUCUGCGAUGUGCCCCAGGUGAUCAAGCUGGCCUGCACCGACACCUACGUGAUGGAGAUGCUGAUGUUCUCCAACAGCGGCUUGGUCACCUUGGUGUGCUUUGUCCUCCUCCUCAUCUCCUACACCAUUCUGCUGGUCAAGCUCAGGAUUCAGUCCCUCUGCAAGAAGAACAAAGCGGCCUCCACCUGUGUCACCCACAUCAUCGUGGUCAUCAUCAUGUUCGUCCCAGCCCUCUACAUCUAUGCCCGCCCCUUCCGCAGCUUCCCCCAGGACAAGGUGGUGUCCGUGUUCCACACCGUGGUCUUCCCACUACUGAACCCCAUGAUCUACACACUCAGGAACAAGGAGAUCAUCUGCUCCAUGAAGAGACUGAUGAUCAGAUACAGCUAUUGGGGUGGGAAGUAA